GCUGUACCAAAAAGCAAACCAUUUAUGUUGGUAGGUAGUUUGGUAGUAUAAUUGUCCUUUAUAUUCGUCCUACUUUUCGGACUUAUUCUUUCCUCUCAUUGAUUUCUAGAGCCUCUUAGCCUUAGCUAGCUAUCUUCUUCUCUAAAAUGGCUUCAAACACCACAGAAAUAGCCCGUGAGUUCGUCAAUUCAUUUCCGCUAUUCCGAGUUUACAAAGAUGGCCGCAUCGAGAGACUCCGUGAAACAGAAACAGUACCACCUUCCAAUGACCCUCAAACUGGUGUUCAAUCCAAGGACACAAUAGUCUCACCAGAAUCAAGCCUAUCGGCUCGCCUUUUUCUCCCCAAAAUCACAGAUCCUACUGCGAAAAUUCCUCUCGUCAUCUACAUCCAUGGUGGCGCGUUUUGCAUCGAGUCCCCUUUCUCCCCUCUCUACCAUAACUACCUCACUUCCCUUGUAAACAAAGCAAAUGUGAUAGCAGUGGCCAUCCAGUACAGAAAAGCCCCAGAGUACCCUCUCCCUAUUGCAUAUGAUGACGCAUGGACAGCAAUCAAGUGGGUCGCUUCACAUGCUAACCGAGAUGGCCCUGAGCCCUGGCUCAAUGAUCAUGCUGAUUUUGAGAGAGUGUUCUUCGCUGGCGAUAGUGCCGGGGCUAAUAUUGCACAUAACAUGACAAUGAAAGCUGGAGCCGAUGGCCUGAUUGGCGUCAAACUUGUUGGUAUGCUUUUGAUGAACCCGUUUUUCAGGAACAAUGAGCCUGAUGAGCUGAUAGAGUACAUUUUCCCUUCAAGCAGUGGUUGCAAUGAUCCUAGGAUGAAUCCAGCUAGUGCCAUUAAGGAAUUGGCUGGCCUGGCCUGCAGCAGGGUGCUGGUUUGUGUUUCAGAGAAAGAUUUCUUGAAAGACAGGGGCGUAACUUACUACGAAGCAGUAAGAAAGAGUGGAUGGGAUGGGGUGAUAGACAUUGUAGAGACUCCAGGAGAGAAGCAUGUGUUUUAUUUAUUUGACCCAUCUAGCCAGAAGGCUAUGGAUUUGAUGGAUCAAGUAUCUUCCUUCCUGAAUCGUUGAUGCCCCCCAUGGUCACUAAGACUCAGAAUCUACAUCGUUGAAAUAAAAAUCCGCCUGUAUAAUUUAGCUAAUAAUAGUGAAGGUACGUAAGCCUUUUCUGCCCAAGUAGUUGGGCUAGUAUUUUUUGUUUUCAUAAUAAAGGUCGGCUUGUCUUCAAGCUCCGGUCUGUUAUUUAACCUAAUUAAGUUUCCUAUUCUAUAGAGUUUUUGUUUAUUUCCCUCA